AUGGAACCCCAGGGUCUCGAGUCCGAAAAACCGUCACCGCUCACCUUGAGUGAAGAGGCUCAAGCAUCAUUCAACUGGGAUGAUCCACGAGAGACAAGAAAUCCUAUGCAUUGGAGCAAGCCAAAGAGAGUUCUCCACACAAUUAUACCAUGUUGUGCGGCAUUUGAGGCGACAUUUGCCACAUCAAUUUUGGUUCCUGCAACGCCUGUACUCAUGCAACACUUUGGAGUCUCACGAACGGUCGCGCUUUUGUCACUGACGCUCUACACCAUGGGUAUAGCGAUUGGACCGCUGUUCAUCGCUCCACUGUCCGAGGUCUUUGGAAGGAAAUAUGUCUACAUUGCCUCUCUCACCAUGCUAUUGGCCUUUACUGGAGGUGCAGGAGGUGCUCGAAGCUUUGGUACUUUACUUGCUUGUCGCACACUAGCUGGUAUACUUGGAUCUUCGACAGUUGCUAUUGGUGCAGGCUCGAUCGCAGACAUCUGGGCUCUCGGCAAGAGUGGUGGAACUGCAUCCCUCUGCUUCAUCCUCGGACCGUUCCUUGGUCCGACGCUAGGGCCUCUCGCUGGUGCAUACAUCAUGUAUCAUCGUGACGAUGAUUGGAGAUGGACAAUGUGGCUGUUGUUGAUCGUGGGUGCACCAAUCUGGAUCGGAGCAGUCUUGAUGAAUGAGACAUCCCAUACCAUCCUCUCGCAAAAGUAUGGCCAUGUCAAAGUGCAGGCCUCUGGGAAAGGGUUGGUUGGCGCAGCAGUAGAGAGGGUGAUGAUUGGGAUCAAGCGUCCGACAAAGAUGAUCUGCACUGAACCCAUCGUCGUCUCACUAUCUCUCUACACUGCUUUCGCCUACGCCACGAUAUUCAGUUACUUCGGAAGUUCCUCAUACGUGCUCCAGCGAUACUAUCACUUCAAUAUCCGCGAGGUUGGCUUGAGCUUCAUCAGUGUCAUCAUCGGCUACCUGUGUGCUGCUCUCAUGUUUGGCACCUUCGACAAAACUCUAUAUGCCAAAGCGGCUGCAGCAGGAAAUGGGACUGCCGCACCUGAACAUCGUUUGUAUGCGGCCAUGGUGGGCAGCAUCUUUUUGCCGGCCAGUCUCUUCUGGUACGCUUGGGAAGUCAAGACAAACGGCAGCUGGGCAGCUCUUGUUGCCAGUGGUAUACCGUUUGGCCUAGGCUCGUUCUCAAUUUUUCUAUCUUCAAUUACAUACAUGGUCGAUGUUUACAAAGCCAGAGCUGCAGCAUCAGCUAUCGCAGCAAACGGUGUCCUGCGUUACAUGCUAGGCGCGGUUUUUCCGCUCUUCACCAUACCGAUGUAUCAAUCACUCGGUCCUCACUGGGCAGGCAGCAUCUUUGCGUUCCUCGCUCUCCUGCUUAUGCCUAUCCCCUGGCUGUUGUUCCGACUUGGCCACAAAUUGCGAUGA